AUGAUGCCCGAGACCGCGUCGGUCGACAACGUCGAGCAUCCUGCGGCUUCCGAUUCUUCCAGCGACGAUCUCACGCCACCUCCAGAUGACGUGUCCGAAACCGGAUUGUCGAUAUUCGAUGGCUUUGCCGAGCUUGAUUCGUCGCAAGACGCCGGUGCCGACGCGCCCCGGACGAAUGGAUACGUGUCAGAGCUGAACGGCGAUGACGCCGAUGAGCGUCCAGCAAAGAGGAGGAGAACUCAGGACGCGACUCCUCCUCCUUUGGCGCGAAAACCUAAGCUCGAGUCGCCCCCUUGGAAGAGGAUCGAAGCUGAGGGGCCGACGUCCUACACGGAGAAUGGCCGCCGCAAGUCUGGGCGAAUCAACACCCUUCCUUCAGAACGCCCAACUCCGGUCAAGAGACGAGCGAUGAGGCAUUCUGUGGGGAGUGAUGGAAGCGCGUUGAAAAAGCUGGAAGCACCCGUCUCGAAGCUCAAGUCAGCUCCCAGGGACAGGUUGCAAGCUCUGAACAAGAAGGCGUCGACCCCCAAACUUGCAUCGAAGAAAUCAGCUCCCGAACUCAGAUCCUCGACUCGCCCUCGUCGGCGCUCCCCUUCACCGCAGACCCCAGCAUCGCGUCAUUCGACUCGACCUCGAAGAGCUUCCCGCUUCGCCGACUCCGAAACGAAGGCUAGUCACGAGACCAGGCAGGGCCACUACCCGGGCUACCGCCGCACACCAUGGGGCAAACUGAUACCUCGUGACAUCCCACUCGUGCACCCCGACCAGGUGCGCAAGCGGCCGAAGCUUGGCGUCAGUUUUGAAGACUUUUGGGCUCGCGCAGGCGGUAUUCCCGUCGAGGAGGGCGGCCUCCAAGCGUCCGAGGACGGGCCUCCAUACACGGAUGAGCUCGCACAAAAGGAGGCGCGGCUGAUCCUGCGGGUUGAGCAUCAGACCGAACCAGGUGGCCUGCUGUCGCAAGAACGCUGUUCCCUCUUCGCACCCGAAGAAGCGGAGGAACCGCCGCGACAAUGGGCUCGCCAGGAUCAUCUGGUCAAGGCCAUGGCCAACUUUCGCAGGCUCCUGCUGGCGGAGCAGCAACGACAUCGGUCCACAGCCAAGAAGCUCGCCGACGCAUGCCGUGAAGAGUGGCUUCGACGCCAACCGAAAUCGGUCGAGGAAAUCGAGGCCGAGGAGAGGCAGAGAUGGCUGCUGCGAUACAGGCUCGUUGUCAGGGUUCUCCUCGGGACAUGGGAAAAUGUCAAGGCUCAGGUCAACCGACAGCGAUUGGAGCAGUGGCAGGCAGAAGAGCAGCGGCGCGUCAAGGCGGCGUUGAACGAGGCCGUCAGCCUCUCCGAACAGAAGCUGCAAGCCCGCCAGGGAGGGUUGGAUUCGGAAAUCCCAUCCGACGAGGACGGCUUCGGCGACUUGAGCGAUAGCGGUAGCGCUGGAAGCGACAAUGAUUCAGGUCUCGUCUCGGACGAUAGCGACGGUCCGGAUGUCGACAGCGACAACAUGUCAAGCACGGACGACGACGAGGUCGACGAGAAAGAUGCUGCCGACGAGGGUCUGACGCAAGAGCAACUACAGGCCAAAUACGCGCAUCUCCCAGAGUUGGAAGCGAGAGAGGACGAGACGACGACGACAGACGCUGCCAUGGAUGCCGAGGUCGAUACAAGCGACGAGUCCGUCGACAUGGAUGAUGACCUCGAGUCGAGUGACGGUGAGGGAGACGAAGACGACGAAGACGAGUCGGAGGAAGGGUCCGAUGAGGAGGCGGGGACCUUGCUGGGUCUGUUUUUCGGCAAGUCGGAAUUGAGGAAGAUGCAGGAAGAGUCGAGAGAAACCAUGCCAUCACACGGGGACGACGCCGAAAUGCCCCAGGGGCCUGACCCCGACCCGAUGUACAUGGAUGGAGAGAUCGACGACGACGACGACGCCAUGUCACUCGUUCGCAUGCCAGAAUCCCCCGACGCAGAUUCGACCGACGACAAGCACGGUUCCACGCCGGGAAUGGAAGCGUCCAAAGCAACCUCGGCGGACGGCAAUGUGGAAAGGCCAGAGAGCGACCAUGGCGAAGGUGAUCGGCGACCAGAUGAUCAAGCCGAAAAGGUCGCAGACGUGCCCGCUCCAGACGCUGCGAUGGCAGAUGUUGCUCCCGACGACCCGGACGUGGAGGAUGCAACUGAGAGGCCAGCCAGUCCCAUGACGGAGCCGGCCACGAACCCUCCAAGCCUGGGCCGUAGCCAGUCUCCGCCGACGCCAGAUACUCGGCCGUCGGAGAUGGACACGUCCAUGACGGACUUGGCGGUGGCCGAAGCCGUCAACUCACCUUCAGUGCCUUCCCACCAGACCGCCAUCCCUUUCCUCCUGCGCGGAACGUUGCGCGAGUAUCAGCAUCACGGGCUCGACUGGCUCGCCGGACUAUACGCCAACAAUACCAACGGCAUUCUCGCCGACGAGAUGGGCCUCGGCAAAACCAUCCAGACCAUCGCUCUGCUCGCCCAUCUAGCUUGCCACCACGAAGUGUGGGGGCCGCAUCUUGUGAUCGUGCCGACCAGCGUGAUGCUGAACUGGGAGAUGGAGUUUAAAAAGUGGUGUCCGGGGUUCAAGAUAUUGGCCUACUACGGCUCGCAAGAGGAACGAAAGCGGAAGCGACAGGGCUGGAACAACGACGACAUCUGGAACGUCUGCAUCACGUCCUACCAGCUCGUCCUGCAGGAUCAGCAAGUGUUCAGGAGGCGACGAUGGCACUACAUGAUUCUCGACGAGGCGCACAACAUCAAAAACUUCAAGUCCCAGCGAUGGCAGACGCUGCUGGGCUUCAACACGCGGGCCCGCCUUCUGCUUACCGGCACGCCGCUGCAGAACAACCUGACCGAGCUGUGGUCGCUCCUCUUCUUCUUGAUGCCGGCCGAGAACGGCGUGGGCGGCUUCGCCGAUCUGCAGGAGUUCCAGGAUUGGUUCCACCGGCCGGAGACGCAGAUUCUGGAGAGCGGCAGGGAGCAGAUGGACGACGAGGCCAAGGCCAUCAUUUCCAAGCUGCACAAGGUUCUCCGACCGUACCUGCUCCGCCGUCUCAAGGCCGACGUGGAGAAGCAGAUGCCGGCCAAGUACGAGCACGUCGAGUUCUGCCGACUGUCGAAGCGGCAGCGCGAGCUGUACGACGGCUUCCUCUCGCGAAACGACACCAAGGAGACGCUGGCGUCGGGCAACUACAUGUCCAUCAUCAACUGCCUCAUGCAGCUGCGCAAGGUGUGCAACCACCCGGACCUGUUCGUCGACCGGCCCAUCAUGACCUCGUUCCGCAUGUCGUCGUCGGUGGCGGCCAACUACGAGACGGCCGAACGCAGGGUCCGCGGGCUUCUGGCGACGACGCCGAUGUCGGAGGUCAGCCUCGGCUUCCUGAACCUCGUGCCGACGGAGCACGAGCGGUUCUCGACGAUGGAAGCGGAUCGCAUCGCCCAGCUGAGCUCGCACAGGGCGCUGAUGGACCUCCGGGAAGUGCAAAAGCGCAGGGCGCAGAGCUCGUACAUGAACCUCGACCCGUCGACGGCCGAGUCCACCAUGAUGUACCUCGAGGCGGCGGCUCGCUGGGGCCGCUUCGAGGAGCUGCAGCACUGCGUCUACCUCAACGCGCUGCGGCGGCAGCAGAAGCCCAUCUACGGCAAGAACGUCGUCGACCUGCUGACGAUCGAGGCGCAUCGACGGCCGUGCCGUCCCCGUCCCAAGGUGCCGCGGAAGGUCAUGGCUUGGUUCGAGGACGACUCGACGCUGAUUCGGGCGAUGAUGCCGAGCCUCCUCCAGCGCGCCGAUCAGCUGAAGACGACCAUGGAAAAAUUCUCGUGCGCGACGCCGGCGGUGGUGACGCGAGAUCUCGAGUGCUACCUGCUGGGCCGCAAAGGCGUCGAGGCCUUCACCGAGGAGGACCUGAGGCUAUCGGCUCCCGUUCGAUGGGCGCCCUUCAUGCCCAAGGAAGCGCCGGCCGACCCCUGGCACGAGGCGCGGAUGAGGCUCAGCAUCCAGUUUCCCGACAAGCGACUCCUCCAGUACGACUGCGGCAAGCUUCAGGUGCUCGACAAGCUGCUCCGCAAGCUGCAGGCGGGCGGGCACCGAGCGCUCAUCUUCACGCAGAUGACCAAGGUGCUCGACAUCCUGGAGCUCUUCCUCAACAUCCACGGGCACAAGUACCUGCGGCUGGACGGCGCGACCAAGGUGGAGCAGCGUCAGAUCUUGACGGACCGGUUCAACAACGACACGCGCAUCCUCUGCUUCAUCCUGUCGACGCGGUCGGGCGGGCUGGGCAUCAACCUCACGGGCGCCGACACGGUCAUCUUCUACGACCAGGAUUGGAACCCGGCGAUGGACAAGCAGUGCCAGGACCGAUGCCACCGAAUCGGGCAGACGCGCGACGUGCACAUCUACCGGCUCGUCUCGGAGCACACCAUCGAGGCCAACAUCCUGCGCAAGGCGUCGCAGAAGCAGAUGCUCGACGACGUCGUCAUCCAGGAAGGAGAGUUCACGACGGACCGCCUCCACCGGAUGUCGGUCCGGGACGCGCUCGAAGACAAGGUCGACUUUACGAGCGAAGGCCUCUCGGCGGCCGACGCGGCGCUCGACCGCGUGCUGGGCGGCCCCGACGGCGGCCACGACCAGCGCGUCGGGCGGGUGCUCGAGCAGGCCGAGGACAGGGAGGACGUCGCCGCCGCUCGCGUGGCCGAGAAGGAGAUCCAAGCCGACGAGGCCGACUUUACCGAGAGACCGAACGGGCCGGCGUCGGGGGCGUCGACGACACGGCAAGGGACGCCGGCCAAGUCGGCGCCCGAGAGCGAGUCGGCCGAGGCUGACGAAUCGGUCGAGCACAACGCCUGGGGGGGCAGGGUUCGCAACAUUGACGAGUACAUGCUGGCCGUCAUGGCCGAGGAGCUCAAAGGGACGAAGCUCGAGCUGCCGAGGGACAAGAAGAAGGGGAAAAAGAAGGGGAAAGACAGUCGGAAGCGGUAG